AUGUUGCGACGUUGUAUUUUGUGUCGAACGUGUGCGUUCCGUACACCAAGAACUGCUUCUCGCUGGCAAUCGGGAAUCGCUUCGGUUGAUUCAAAUAAAACGCCCCUUCGACGGUUGCUGGAUGAUGCUAGUGGUUUCGGGGAGAUCGAAACUAAGGAACCGGACUUAAUGUGGGCAACAGAACCAUACUCGGUGAGACCGGGUGAAUCAAACUCAGAGAAACCUCGGACAAACCCAAAGGACACAACUGUAUUGCUGUUCCCAGGACAAGGCUCACAAACUGUGGGUAUGGGGAAACACUUACAAAAGAUACAAGCAGCUCAAGAUUUAUAUGAAUUAGCAUCAAGUGUUGUUGGGUGGGACGUGCGGCGCGCGUGCCUCGCGGGCCCCGCGGACUCGGCGCAGCGCGCGGUGGGCGUGCUGGUGACGUCGCUGGCGGCGCUGGAGCGCGUGCGCGAGGAGCGGCCCGGCGCGCUGCAGCGGGUGCGCGCCGCCGCCGGCUUCUCGCUGGGCGAGCUGGCCGCGCUCGUGUUCGCGGCCGCGCUGCCGCUGGAGGGCGCGCUGCGGCUGGCGCUGGUGCGCGCGGCGGCCGAGCGCGCGGCGGGGCGGGCGCGGCGCGGGGGCAUGCUGGCGCUGUGGCUGGCGGCCGACGCGCGCCUGGCGCCGCUGCUGCGCGACGCGCGCGCGCACGCGGCCGAGCGGGCCGUGGCCGCGCCCGUGUGCCAGGUCGCCAACUACAUGUACCCCGGCUGCAAGGUCGUCGCCGGCGAUCUAGAGGCGCUCGAGUACGUGGAGCGGCGCGGCGCGGAGUACGGCGUGAGGCGCGCGGCGCGCGUGCACGCGGCCGGCGCGUUGCACACGCCGCUGAUGGCGGACGCGGCGGCGGCGGUGCGCGCGGCGGCCGCCCUCGUGCCCGCGCGCGCGCCGCGCCUGCGAGUGCUCAGCGCCGCCGACGCGCGCCCCUACGCGGACGCCGCGCACGUGCGCCGCCAGAUGGCGCGCCUCCUCACGCGCCCCGUGCGCUGGGAGCAGACGCUGCACGCGCUGUACGCGCGCCCGCGCACCGACCGUCUGCCACUCACGCUCGUGCUCGGGCCCGGCGCCGCGCUGCGCGCCACGCUGCGCCAGGUCAACGCGCGCGCCUGGGACGCCUCGCUGCAGAUCGACGUCUGA